AUGUACGGCGCGGCAUAUGGAGUUAUAGCGGACAUCGCGACUAUCGAUGAGCGAGGCUCAUUUGUCGGGGUAUUACUGCUCAUGACCGAUUUCGCGACAAGCCUUGGCCCCGUCAUUGGCGGCGGGUUGACCCAAGGCUUCGGCUGGCGUGCCAUCUUUUGGUUUCUCGUCAUAUUCACAGGCACCCACUUCAUCGUGAUGAUUCUCUUCUUCCCCGAGACGCAGCGGAAGAUUGUCGGGAACGGCAGUGUCCAGCCCAAUGGAUGGGUUUACCAGACCGUGUUCUCUCUGUUGAGGAAAACGAAGCGGAGAAGAGCGGCUAAGGGGUUAUCGCCCCAAGAAGGUGAGGCAGGGCAGGCGUUGGAGAAACCGCGUCUCAGGUUCCCGAAUCCUCUGGCAUGUCUUCCGGUUCUGGCAAAUAGGGGCUCCUUGCUUGUCAUUCUUAUUACCGCCAUCAACUAUGCGGUCAAAGCGGCACUGCAGACAUCGCUCGAUGCGCAAUGUGUAGAUAUUUACGGACUGAAUUACAUCCAGGCAGGAUUAGUCUACCUUCCUUCAGGGGUCGGUGGUGGAUUUGGUUCUUACGGUGCUGGGAAAUUCGUCGAUUGGAACUACCGUCGCACUGUGGAACGGCUGUCGAAAACACAAGGGGAAAAAUACGACAAAAAGUCCCCUGAUUUUCCACUCGAGAAAACACGUCUUAGAGGAGUGUACGUGCUGAGUGCCACCACUGUUCUCGGUAUCAUUGGAUAUGGUUUGGCCCUCAAGUUCCGUUGGCAUAUCGCCGUCAUGCUCAUCAUGCAACUCCUAACCGGAACUGCUACGGCAGCAACCUUUACGCUCUGCGGAACCCUCCUCACAGACCUCAACAUGAAUCGCUCCGCCACAGCACAGGCAGCAAGCAACCUGGUCCGCUGUCUCAGCGCGGGCGGCGCUGUAGCCAUUCUCCAACCAAUGAUUGAGAACGUGGGACCGGCCGGGUGCUUUGCUAUUUAUGCAUCGAUCAUCUUUCUCGGCAUCCCUCUGGCUUGGGUCUUACAACGGUAUGGUGUUGCGUGGAGGAAGGGGCAAGAGCUGGCAGCAUGA